AUGGACGUUAGAAGUCGAGGGCCAAGUCCCAAUGGACACGUACAGGCAGAAUCUUCGAGCGAGGAUAAAAGUCCAGUUCCAGUAGUUAAAAUUCGAGUAGGUAGAGAUUACCAAGCCACAUGUCCAGAAUUACAACCAGAAGCUCAGAGAAAACCGGAAUUAUUAGCCGAUAGAGCUCGCUUAGUUUGGUCACCAACAGAAUCCAUACCCGAUUCAAAAUUGGAAGAUUAUAUUGUGUUGGCCAAAGACAAAUAUGGCUACAAUGGUGAGCAAGCGCUGGGCAUGUUGUUCUGGCACAAACACGAUCUGGACAGGGCCGUUAUGGAUUUGGCCAAUUUUACACCAUUUCCAGAUGAAUGGUCUGUUGAGGACAAGGUGUUGUUUGAACAGGCGUUUCAGUUCCAUGGCCAGAAUUUCCACAGGAUACGUCAAAUGUUGCCAGAUAAAAGUAUUGCUAGUUUGGUGAAGUAUUAUUACAGUUGGAAGAAAACUAGAACUCGGACAAGCCUGAUGGAUAAACAGGCUAGAAAACUGAAUGGACCCAAGGAAGAUGGAACUGAGGAUGGUGAAGCACGUGCUUCCAAUGAUGAAUCCAACCAUGAUGAGAAGUGCUGUAAGAAGAAGUCUGGUGCUGUGGUGUGUGUAAACUGUGGUAGUGUUUUUCACAAAUCAUGUGCUACUCGCGAUUUUGCCGAGAAAGUUCAUUUCAUCGAUGAAACUCGUGUAAUCUGCUGCAAAGCCGAUUUGGAGGUUAACCAUGAAAUAGCCUCGAAAAUCGAAAUUAUCUAUCUAAAGAGACUCUUGGUCGAGCUGGAAAAGCAGAACAGGACCCUGGAAGAAAAUGGCAAUUUAUGGAAAGAAAGGUACGAAACGCUAAGCAAAUCGUUACAUAAUCCAAGCACUUCCUGCAUACCAAUCUUUCCAACGUUCACUUCGCCCCGCCCGCGCCCUCUACCAGUGGUCUCGGGCCCCGGUGCUGCCACGGAUGUUGUUGGUGACCGUGGCGGUGACCCGCUAGUGCAGAAACAGGAAGAAAUACCGUUAGAUGGCGCCACCCGAACUCCAAAAAUUGCGGUUUCAAACGACGAAAUCGUAAAUUCUGAAAACCAACAUAUAGAACAGCUGGUGCUGGCUGACGUCACCAAUGACAUCGACAGCCCGAAACAGCGUGACUCGGCGAUAAAUUUUAGCAACUUGUCAAAUAAAGGACAAUCUACGCGCAGCACCAUCUUGCCAACUGAACCAACUCCAUCAACUUCCUCAAAAGCUACUUAA